GACUCGGCCCGUUUUGUGUUGUUCGUGAUGGACGGUGUCCACUACACAUCAUCCCUCCUCGAGGUCAGCGUGUCAGACCCCUAUGUCCGUGUAGUCAACAACACGGGGCUGCUCGUGCAGAGAGGAAAGGACAGCAGCCUCACGACAGCCAACCUCAGUGUCACCACCAACCAAGAUGUCAGAACAGACCACGAGGUCCAAUUCCACAUCGUGCAGCCCGCAAAGCGUGGCAGCGUGCUGGUCAACAGCUCAGCAUCUGGCUCAUUUUCCAUGCAUGACUUGAAGCAAGGGCGUGUGAUUUACAGGCAUGACGGCAGUGGCAGCUUCGAUAUGUUCAACCUAACAGUGCGAGUUAAAGAUACACAUUUAUAUGUGGGAGUCUACAUGCAGGUGGACUCAGAAAGCCACCAGCAUCACACGCGGAUUCUGCACAGUAAGACCCUUGUGGUUGAAGAAGGAAAACCAGUAAAACUGAGUAGAGAAAGGCUCCAGGCUGUGCAUGAAGACCUUGUUCCUUCAGAGGCAGUGUUCAUUGUUAGAACUCCGCCAGUGCAUGGAUACCUUCGAAGGUCUUUACCGGACGAGGGUAGUGCGGGUGCAGAGGAGAAGUUCCCUUUGAUGUUUACGCAGCAGGAUGUUGAUGAUGGUUACAUUCAUUAUGUACAGACAAUGCCUGACCAACAACUGGACCGUUUUAUACUGGAUGUUAUGAGUGGCUUCCAAGCUGUGAGCAGACUUGAAAUCCUGGUGGAUGUUGUCCCUAAACAGAUUCCUCUGGCAGUACAAAAUUUCACAGUCCAGGAAGGUGGCUCCAAGGCACUUCCAGAAGACUAUUUCAAAAUUCCAGGCAAGCAUUUUGAGGGACUUGACUGUGAAUUUGUUCUACUCAAACCACCAAAACAUGGUUAUGUUGAAAAUUCUCAUUUUCCAAGAGUAAAGCUGAUGAAAUUUACCAGGAAACAGGUAGAAAAUGAAUUGAUUUCCUAUGUGCAUGAUGGUAGCGAAGAGCUUCUUGACAGUUUCACCAUCUUUGCAAAUAGCUCAGAGCUUGGAAAACAGAAUUUGCCCCAAACUCUUUUUGUGACCAUUGAGUCAGUAAACGAUGAGGCUCCAGUAAUAACAGCCAAUAAAAUCCUCCAGGCGUGGGUGAAUUCUGGCACUGAGAUUACCCGUGAUGAACUCUGUGCAGUGGAUGGGGACUCCCCCUCACAGGACCUGGCCUACUUGGUCUCUCCACCCAGCAAUGGACAUUUGGCUUUCAAGUCCAUUCCUGGACGUAGCAUCCAGAACUUCACCCAGGCUCAGAUCAAGGAGGGCCAGCUAGUGUUUGUACACACCGGAGCAAUGUCAGGAGGCUUUAAUUUUCAGGUUACUGAUGGUUUGAACUUUGCACCACGACAAAUUCUUAGCAUCACAGCUCGAGCUCUGAUCAUUAGCUUGGAAGUAAACAGAGGACUGAGCAUCUUCCCAGGUUCCGUGAAGCCCCUUUCAUCUCAUGAUCUGCGAGCUGUGACCAAUGACGUGGACAGUGCAGGAAACAGAACUAUAACCUUUACUGUCAUAUGUUCCCCUAGACUCGGGAGGCUGCUAUGUGUCAGUUCUGACAACAGCACAGAGGACGUUUCCGUGUUUACGCAGAAUCUGGUGAGUGAACAGCUGAUAUUAUACCAGCAUAUGGACUGGGAAAACACAGGCUGGACUGCGGAAGACUCUUUCACGUUCACAGUGUCCUCCCCACCAGCAGCUCUAGGCCCUGAGGAGUUUCAUAUAACUAUUUCAUAUGAAAUUAACGAACCUGGUCGGCAGAGUCGUCUGCUUGCAAAUACAGGAGCUGUUGUCAAGGAGGGAGACAAAGUUCUCAUUGAUCAAUCUAAGUUAGAUGCGUCCAAUCUCUUACUUAAAUUGCCCAAAUCUCAGCGUUCUUCCUAUGAAAUCUGGUUCCAAGUUACAUCUCUUCCUCACCAUGGAACUCUUAUGGUUGGAGAGAGAAAUAUUACCAAAAGAAAACCCAAUUUCUCUCAAUAUAUAAUCAAUAAAUUUGGAGUCACAUACCUUCACGAUGACUCUGAAUCACUGGCUGAUAACUUUACCUUUGCCAUUUGGCCCAAUGAAAAGGGCAAGUCCACCAUGAAGCCAGAGGCCGACUUUCUUGAAGAGAUGUUUAACAUCACCAUCACUCCUAUAAACGACCAAGCACCAGAACUAAAGACAAAAGGGCUUCGACUGCAAGUUCUGCAGGGUAGUAGGUUGGUUUUAGGACCUGAAAACCUAAAAGUGGAAGAUCUAGACAGUCCUCCAGAAGAGAUCAGGUAUGUGAUCAUCCGUGAUCCUAAUAAUGGCUUUUUGGCAAUGGCUCACCAUCCACACAUACCUGUUCACCGCUUCACACAAGCCGACAUUGAUAACUCUCAGGUGUGGUUCAUACAAGAUGGAAGCCCAUCCUCCGGAGCGUUUUACUUCAGUGUCACCGAUGGCCAGCACUGCCCACUCUACAAGCUGUUCCACCUGGAUGUCAUCCCCAUCUCCCUUGUGAACCUCGCUGACCUUCUUCUUCCACAAGGCCAGACAAGUGUCACCAUCACCAGUGCUCACCUGUCAGCAGUGACCAAUGGGAGGAGCCCCCAUAUCACUUACAAGAUAAGGUGGCCCCUCCAACAUGGCCAUCUGCUCACUGAAGACCAGGCGGUCGUCAGUUUUGGACAGGAAGACCUGAAUUUAGGAAAGCUGUCUUACCACAUGACCAACCUCACUGCCUCAGAGGACCAGCUACAGUUCUCACUGUUUACCUCAGAAAGCAAGCUGACAGGACAAACACUGUGCAUCCGAGUGCAGCCUUUACUGCGGGUUGUGUCAAACCUGACAGUGGCCAACAGAGCCGCCCAUCAGCUGACAAGAAAGGACCUUGAUGCUACUGAGCUUGCUAACAGGACUAACAGUGAUCCCAAAUUUGAAGUGACAGAACCCCCUGUCCACAGCAGACUUGUACGGAGAGUAGGCCGGGACACCGCCUUGGAAGGUGCUACUCUGUUCACUCAGUGGGAUAUGGACCAAGGACUGCUGAUGCUCGAGCCGCAUGCCAAUCUAACAGGCCCCAACAGCCUCAAUGACUCCUUCACGUUUCUGCUCAGGGCAGACCACGUCCAGCCAGCAACAGCGUGUCUCCCCUUCACCAUAGUGCCACCUGACCCCUUUCUUUUGCAGGCUUUUACCCCCGAUGUUUCCUUCUUAGUCACUGAUAACCUUGUGACUAUAGGUCUUUCUCAGGAAAAGCCUGUGGUUUCCUCAGGACCCACAACACAGACAGGAACUCUGGGGAAGCUGACCCAGACCAGAUGGCCGGAAGCAGCUCCCUGGGGACGACAGAGUGGUGAGGAGCCCACUCUGGAUGUCACGGCUUCUCCCACCAGAGUCAUUUGGUCACCAGAUACCACCAGAGCCAGCCCUGGGGCGCCCACCCAGCCCAGGGAGAGCAGUCACCCUCUGAUGGUCAUCACACCACUGACAGUGGCGCUCUUCCUGCUAAUAGUAACCGUGGUGGCCUCAUGUGUCUGGCUGCUGGGCCAGAAAGCAGAGCAGGCAAAACCUCUUAUCAAGCCCCAGAUCAACCUAGAACCCCCAACCGCGGGUCCUAGGCCAGAAAGGAGCACAACGGUUCCCGCUGUCACAGUGACGCCUCUCCUAAGAAGCUCUGGCAGUCCUCCAGUCAGUCUUUUCAGGGCCCCACAGUGUGAACGCAUGGAGAAGUCUCCAGCUUCCGAGCCAGCAGGAAGAUGUGCUCCUUGGGAGACAUGGGUGAAUUUGGAUCCUGACAUGGUCACGCUCUGCCGACAAACCAACCCAGCACUGAAGCACAACCAGUACUGGGUGUAGACUCAGGGCGCUUGUUCCUCACGGACCACCUGCUGUGUGCCAGGUCCUGGGAUACCAAGGCAGAGAAAGGCUGGUUGGAUCAACUGAGAAAAGCCUGGCUCUGCCACCCCUCGGUGCUCAGUUUCAGCUCCAUGGUUAGAUGCUGGCAGGUGUUUACUGUAACUUCUGUACAACACGCACCUUAGGGGCUGUCCACAGUCUUGUGUGCCUUCUUCUAGACCCAAUGCUCUGAGUGUACUUAAGAUUUUGUCACUGUUUACAUGACAGAACGUGCUGACCUGACUGCAGAUUUACACAGGAGCUAUAGUUAGUGGAGGAAGGCUUUGAAUGCUUUUCCCUAAAGAUUCACUCUCUGAGUGAGUCAGUGAGGAAGUGAAGGAACUGUGUCAGCAAGUAGAAGAGGGAAUUGAUAGUAUCUGUGAGUUUGUUUCUGGUGUUUUUCUGUAAUGACUUUUCCUCCUUGGAGUAUCCAGCUUUGAUUUCCUAAUGCAGGAAAUGCCUUGGUGCUCUAGAUAGUGGGACAGUCUGGCCCCCUUUGAAGGUAUUCAUUGAACACAUUGUGUUUAAUCAAGAGGCCUUGUCUAUUCUGAUUUGUAACAUCAAACCUGUUGUACAAACAUUAUUUAAAGCCCUAAGGAAUAGGUUUAAUGCUUUUGUGAUGCCUCAAUUUGGCUUAACUUUACAAUGAAUGAAAUAAUGGCAAAUUUGUAUUUGACUUGCCUAGUCAAGCCUACAAUUGGCCAACCCAGCUUCAGUUUCCAUAGCUAUAAACUGGAUACAUCAGUACUUCUAUUAGUUAGCAAUGCUUUGGGUAGCAAAUCAUCAGACAUCUGCUAUGAGUGGGAUUUAGGUUGGGGACUGGUGAACUUGUUCUGUGCGGGGCUGUAUUGUAAAAAUAUUUUGGUUUUGUGGAUCACAUAUGGGUGUUUAUUUUUAUUUUUUAACAACCUUUUAAAACCGUAAGAACAAUUCUUAGUUCCUGGAUGUGACACACAGACCACAGUGUACCAGUUGUUGGUUUAGCUAAGCAAUGAAAGUGUUGAAUUAUUUCAACUAACAAGCAGCCCAAGGUGGAUAUUCCAAGGCCAGUUCAACAGUUCAAAGACAUCAUCAAGGACUGAAGCUCUUUUGUUCUUUCUACUUUACCUUCCUCAAGCUAUUGGCAUUUUAGCCUUCUGUUUAGUUCCUUGUGACUGUGAGAUAGCUGCUGAAGCUCCAAGCAACACUCAAAGGCAAAAAUCCUAGUGGGUGAAAAGGAGAGAUGGCUGAAAGACUUUUUCUUAGAGAGGAUCUUAUUUAUUGUUAUUUAUUGAUAUUUUUUAAAAUCUUGAGGGCUUCCCAAGCAUUCCCCCACUUUUAUCUCUCAUUGUCUAGAACCGAGCUACAUGCUUCCCAUCCCUUGACCAACCACUGGCAAAGGGAAAGGGGAUUUGCAUGAUUGGCGUCUCUUCAGGGGCUGGGACAGGAUUCCAUCAGCUCAGAGAUCAAUGAAUCAAGGAGUUCUCUGGUAGUCUAGUGGUGAGGAUUCAGUGCUUUCACUGCAAUGGCUUUGGUUCAGUCCCUGGUUGGGGUAACUGAGAUUCCACAAGCCGUUCAGCAUGGCCAAAAAAAUUUUAAGAAAAGAGAUCAAUGAAUCAGCCCACCAUGUAAUUACAGAGGGCUGGGAAAUGGCCAUUAGAUAGGCAAUGAAUAAGAUCUACUAAAAAAGUUUUCAAGUAUGAAAUAUUGAAAUACUUGGGAAAUGAAGAUUUUGAGUUUUAAAAUUGGUAUCUAAUAUCUCCAUUUCAUAUGUUAAUGAUUUUCUUAAAGCCAGUGUUUCUAGGGUGAGGGGAGGAAUUUCUUCCUAAGAGACGUUUGGCAAUAUCAGGAGACAUUUUUGGAUUUUACAGCUGGUGCUGAUGGCAUCUAGUAAGCAUAGGCCAAGGAUGCUGCUAAAUAUCCAACACUGUACAAGAAUUUCCUGGCCUCAAAAGUCAGUAAUGCCAAGUUGAGAACCCUGGUUAAAGUCAUAAAUGUGGAGUUUUCCUUUCUAUCCAGUGAAGGAUUAAUAGGUCCAUUACCAAGUCUAGGCAAAAACUGUAUUCUAAAAAUGGAAUGGAAGGGUAAAAAUUCCGUAGUGUGUUUGAAAUUGUGAUUGGCUAAUGGCAAACAUGAACAUUUUUAAAGAGAAUAUUAAAAGCCAAACAAAACUUGACAGACUCAUUUCUUUAUAAUCUUUUGUCCAAGGAAAAAAGUUUCCUUGUACUAACAGGUGGAAUACAUCAGGAGAAAAAGAGAGCAAAGUGGGGAGUGGGGAGGAUAUUUACAAAGGUAAAGAUGAGGUCAAAGUGUCCCCGUCCCCAGAAGUCUGAUGCCCCUAAUUUGUUCCAUAUAGAAAAGGCUUUUUCCUCACCUUCUCCCUUUUCUGCCCUUCUAGGUUGCUUUUCUCUCCCAACCCAAUUUUAACUGUCUCUUUGUGGAAGCAGAUUUCACAAUCUACAAAAUAAAUGGAAGUAUAGCAUAUGUAGGGGCUUCCCUUGUGCCUGUCGGUAAAGAAUCUGCCUGCAAUGCAGGAGACCUGGAUUCGAUUCCUGGGUUGGGAAGAUUCCUUGGAGAAGGAAAUGGCAACCCACUCCUGUAUUCUUACCUGGAGAAUCCCAUGGACAGAGGACCCUGGCAGGCUACGGUCCAUGGGGUCGCAAGAGUCAGACACGACUUAGCAACUAAACCACCACCACCAUAGCAUAUGUAGGCCUAGAGACAACUACCCUGUCUUAGAUCCUUAGAUGUAUGCCACAGACAGCUAUUGCCACCAUCCCUGGCCAUGUACAACUGCUGCUGAACUAGACUUCUCUUUGUUGUUGUUGUUCAGUCACUAAGUCAUAUCCACCUCUUUGUGACCCCAUGUACUGCAGCACACCAGGCUCCUCUUUCCUCCACUGUCUCCCAGAGUUUGCUCAUAUUCAUGUCCACUGAGUCAGAGAUGCUAUCUAAUCAUCUCAUCCUCUAGUAGAAGUAGACUUCUCUGCUCUUCUCCCAAAAGUGAUUCUCUCCUGCAGUUUCUGGAUUCCUGAAUUUUAUACAGACCUCCCAAGUGUUUUUUAUACUUGAUCCCUUUAGAAAAAAGGAGGAAUGAAAGUUGCAAUCCAAGGUUGGUUUGAUCACUGUACAACAUAGGAUUGUUCUUAGGUCUGUUCUAAGUAGUCAGAUGCUCAGAAGAGGCAGAAUGGCAUUGUGUGCUUGAGUUUAUACAUAGAAAGAGAAGGCUAAGGAGCAUCUUUGCAUACAGUAAGUGAGCCUUUGCUCUCCUUCGACUGGGAAGGAGAAUGCCUGUUCUUUGUGGAAGAGCUGGACAUACUUGGCUCUAUGACUAUGUUGGCCUCUUCCUUACUUCAGCCAUAAAGUCUCUGAAGCUAGGACUACCAGCCCAACCAAACAAAAAGGCCUGAUUUCCCUCCUCUUUUUCCUGUUAACUCUGCAACUCCAAACAAACUUGGUGUCCAUUUUGGAAUGAGACACACACAACUACUUUAAAAUGAUAAUUCAUAUUGUUUGUGAGUGUGCCUGCUAGAAUAAGAACAGCAGUGUGAGAUCCAGAUGUCAAGACUCAGUCAUAAAUCAAGUAAUUCAAAUAGAGCUUGGAAAGAUUUUUUCCAGAGGAUCUGGAAUAUUCUACCGAUUUGCGUAUGGGUUCAAUUAAAAGGAAACAAUGCCUAUCAUUUGGUGCUGGCUCAAAUAAAACAUGAAAUAAAACAUUUUGGCAAAGCUUUGUUUAGUGUUAAAUCAGUCCGAAAAGGUUUCUCCCGUAUGCAGAACUGUAACUGCAUAGUCUCAAUUCUGUCAUGAUGAAUUCAAUGCUUCUUAACAAGCGACUGGGCUUCCGUGGUGGCUCAGACAGUAAAUAAUCUGCCUGCAAUGCAGGAGACCUAAGUCUGAUCCCUGGGUUGGGAGGAUCCCCUGGAGAAAGGAAUGGC